CAAAUCUUAAGGCUAAUGACAUAGCAAUCUCAUCUUCCACUGAAAGCAGAGCGUUGCUUUCACCCCACCCAAACCGUCCCUGUCCACAGUCCCGCUUGCCGGUUGCAGGGGCUCUCUAGCGCGGCCCUAGCCACAGCGCCCAGCCACACCAAGUCGUCAUAGCCGCGUGCUCUGCUAUAUGUCCGCAGUCGGCCAUAUAACAGGAACGACCCGUACGGCCCUCGAUUCUCCUACUUUGAGCGCAGAAGCAGCCAGGUUCGGGAUCCCCGCCCCUGACGAGGAUUACCAUGACUACGCCCGCCGUCACAGUGAAUGGGAGUACGGUUGUCGCUUCGCAAGAGCUGGGAGGGGUGAUAGAGGGGCCGACCGCCGAAGCUGCGGGGAAAGAGGUGGUGCCAAAGAAGGAAGAUGGAGAAGGGAAUGGAAGUGGGGGAGCCCAGCGGCCUAAGGGACAGAGAAACGACACCAACUUUUCGAAAUUCUCGUACCGCUCGGUGCCGCCCGAGGGCAGCAUAUUGACUGGGAAGCAGGAGCACUACCUGAAGCGCGAACUCCUCUCCCAACAGACACGCUUUGAAAUCGCCGAGCUCUCUUCCCCGACCGCACUGCAGCGGUUCGGCGCCCCGUUCCGCUCCGACAAGGGCGAGGUUGCGCCUGAAGACUCGGAGCUGCCGAUCCUAAGGUACAUAUUCGUGCAUCAUGUGCGAAACUUCCCGUUUCUGGAUAAGGCGAAGGAGAAGGAGUUUUGGCAGGAUAAGCUGCAGGUGUUCCUCGAAUCGUUCGCCAACAAGGAUAUCUCGUCCUCGGAAGACAGGCUGGAGGUCACGAAGCGUAAGAAAUUGGCGGUCAAGGCGGAGAAGCUGGUCGAGCUGAUGAUGGUGUCCGGUAUACCCACUGCGUCAGGAUACGAGGAGAGAAUACGGUUUUCCGAGAUGGAGAUUGUGGAGCGUGGGGCGAAUGAGAAUGGGUUCGUGAUCAAUGCACCCAGCGGACACUUCAUCAAUGGGUGGGAUGUCAACGUUGCGGGAGUGAGGAGAAUGUCGGUCAAGAAGCACGUACGGUAUCACACUCAUGCAGAAUACCUAAUUCGAGUGAAGCAACAAGGGGGAGAAGAUAUCUAUAUUGGAAGACGGUUUCAAGACUUUGUGCAGCUGCAUAAGAGGAUACGGAUGGAGUUGCCAGGGAAGGUGUUACCUCCGCUACCCCGGAAGAAUAAGAAGGAUUCAUUGUUUCAGGCCAACCUGGAUGAAGAUGGUAGUUCCAUAUCCUCGGCGUCGACGCAAGAAGCAUCGUCAGAUCCGUAUGAGAAUAAUGGAGGCAAUGGAAACGGUGGCGGUGGCAUGGGCGAAGGGUUGAGAAGUUACAUCUUCGGAAAGCGGAAUUCCUCUGCAACGUCAGUGGGGAAACAUGGCCGCUCCCCUAGGACUUCAACCGAUCGGGCGUCAUAUCGCGAGCCUAGGGUAUUAUACCGCGAAGAGCAGCGAGUAUCCCUACGGGCUUUCCUGCGGACGUUUCUGCAAAACGAGAUCAUCGCCAAGUCCAACGCGAUGACCGAUUUCCUUAGCGCGAACCCCAUCGAGCUGAACGAGGAGGAGCUUGAAGAUAUUGAGCACCGCAAAGAGAUGGACGAGAAGCGCAUGGAGGAGCAGAAGCGCUUUUACGAGGUAGCGCGACAACGAGCGGCGGAACUGGACAUCCACAUGGAGAAGUUCCGACGCGAGAUCGUCGAGAGCAAUGGUCUGUCACAUCUGUUCCAGGAGAUCAGGGUGAAGAAUUCGAUUGCGGAGCUCAGGCCCGAGUAUCAGAAGUUUGCGGAGUGGCUGCGGAUAGAAGUCGCGGCUACCCUGUAUCAUUUGUUUCUCGCAGAGGACAAUUCACCGGAGCUGUUCGCGCAGGCAAAACGCAUACAUUCUCUGGUGCCGUACACGGUGCUGAAAAACGUCAUCAGGAUAGCGAAUCCAGCGGCUGUUAUGAGCGGCGUGCUGGAUCUAUUCCUCGCACAGCCUUUUGGAGCGCGGUCACUACUACAGAGGAUGUUCGGCAUGGCGAUUCACGACGGAGUCCGAUCUGUGCAGAAGACCAUGGACACACUUGCCGCAACAAAGGUCAAGGAUGACGUCCUCUGCUCCAAGCUCAAAUCCUUCGUCAACGCCGAUAAGCCCACCAAGGACCAAAUCCGCGAAGAAGCCGUCUCCGAAAACGUCGACCUCGUCGUUGCGAUUCUGCGGUCAGAGUACCUGGAGCCCGAGCUGACGGCCGAGCAAGUGGAAAAGGUAUUCAAUGCAUAUGUGGCGUGGAACAAUGCCGUUGAGAAUGUAAGAUCCCACAACGAUCACGGGCUGCGGCGGCAAAAAUCGAAAUCCAGCGCUCAUAGCGGGUUGUCUGCGAGGUCUUCGAACACGGGUGCUGAUUUCGCGCGACAGAUUGAUUCAGAGAUGAAGCAGGGGGCGGAGCUGUUUGCGCACUUGAAGCAGUAUCUGAAGCUUUGUAUGAGACAAAGGGAUAAGCUCAUGAUGUUAGAGAUAAUCGAGGAGCCCACCACCCUCCACCUCUUCCGCGACCUCUUCACCAUCUUCUACGAGCCCCUCGUCCGCGUCUACAAGUCCGCCAACGUCUACAGCUCCAUCACCGACUUCGCCCUCUUCGUCGACGACACGAUCCGCGUCAUCGAAUCGUGCCAACGGCAAGACAUAUCGUCCGACCCCAACCAGACGGUCCAAGCCUUCAUCGACCUGUGCGCCCGGCACGAGGACAAUUUCUACAAGUUCGUGCACGAGGUGCACAUCCACGACAACGGCUUGUUCGACCAGCUGAUGGGGUGGUUGGAGGGGAUAUUGGAGUUUCUGAGAAAGGGACCCAGGGGUGGGGGCAAGUUGGAUAUGAAUGCGCUUUUCGCGGGGGCUGUCGAGGCGAGGAAGGUGGACAAGGAGAAGGCGAUCCGGGAGAUCAAUAGCUUGAUUCGGUGGCAGAUGCGGAGGAAGAAGUGGCAUCAGGAUAAGACGAGGCAGAAGAUGGCUAGUGGGGGGGAUGACGCCGGGGUCGGGGGUGCGGAGGCGUUGUUGGGCGGGUUGAGCGGUGGUGGGUUUCGGACGAGCGAUUUUGGGUUGAAUGAGAUGGAUCUCCAAGACCUCGAACUCGACGCCGACGGCGACGAGUACAGCUCCGCGUCCGGAUCCGACCUGGAUGACCAGGAACUCACGGAUCCCAUCGAAGCCGAACGGAGGCGGCGGAGUAAGGUGGCGGAGAAGUUGCGCAGGUCGGCGGGCGAGCCGCAGAAACCGCCCAUUGAGGAGCUGAGGAAGUUGGAUGGCGAUUUUGUGGUCAUGUUGAGAGGGGUGCUUGCCGAGUAGACAUUGUUUGCCCCUAAAGGGCAGGAAGCCAGAGAAUAGAUGCGAGACGGUUUAUUCGAGGGGACUGGUCUAACGAGGUUUAGAAAUGUCCGGUUAUUGAUAUCCAUAUCCCACGGGUUUUGGGGGGAAUUCGAAUAUAAUCAAUUACUCUGCGAUACGUACUGUCUCAUCGUCGGGUGCGUCAUGCGAAGUUCAGAAAGUUGGAUUUGUACU